CUUCAUAAGCUGAUCGAUCGAGUAGAUAGCCAGCUUUACUUGUGCCCCCCACUGCCUAUCCGUGCCUGCUGCUGUACGUACCAUGUCAACGUUGUCCAUGGCGCUUCCUCAUCAUCAUCAUCUGCAGGCGCUGCGGAUCAUCAUCCUCAUCUCUGCACUUCUCUGUGCAAUAAUCAAUAUUGCUGCAGCAGGAAGACUUACUGAUCAACCUUCAACGUCCCAUGCUGAUGUUGUGAAGGGCUCCCUCUCCUGCAUCCACUGCCCUCCCCAUUUCCCACUCUCUGGCAUUAAGGUCGCAGUGGUGUGUGAAAGAGUGAAGAAAGUGACGGUGGCGACCACGGAAGACGACGGCACCUUCGAAGCAAAGCUUCCGUCCGACAAUACUCAUCAAUAUAAAACGACGCCGUCUCAAACCCCAACCUGCCAUGCCAGCCUUAUGGGAGGCCCCAGCCGGCUCUACACCUUCAACAAGAACAUGGUUUCUAAGGUUGUAGCAACUAAAGUCAAGGCACACAAUGUCUCUGACCGUAACUCCUACCCCUACACCAUAUCCACUCCUCUCACAUUCUACACCUCCUGCCCCCUCUCCGGUGGCCGGAAGGUGGUGAAGUGCGGCGGUUCUUCCCCGGACAUGGCUUUCCGGGGGUCGAAAACGGUGGAUCUGCCGCUGCCGCGGGAGUGGGGCUUGGCGCCGUCUAGCUACUAUAUCCCUUUCUUCCCCAUCAUAGGAAUACCUUGAACGCACUACUUCAUGGUUGAUUUCAUAUAUAUAUAUAUAUAUAUAUAUAUAUAUAUAUAUAUAUAUGCAUGCGUAAGUGCAGUGAGUCCCUUAGUUUGGUAGCAUGGUGAGCCGGAAGAAAUGACAUAAUUUGCUCUGGCUAUGGACCUCUGUGUACGUCUGUGGCGAGGAGGACGAUAGUAAUUAAUAAAAACGUCCUAUAUGUACUUUCCUGUAUAUGCUUUUACAUAUACUGAAGCUGUGAGUGUAUUCCGUAGAAGUAAAAGUUGUUGCAAGUAUAAAUGUAAGGGGUUUUUGAAGAUGUGUGUAUAUGUAAUUAUGUACGUGGUAGUCAAAGUUGUUGCAGGUAUAUUUAUAAAUGUAAUGGGCUUUUAUAAGUUGGUGCUA